CCUUGCGGAUGUCAAGCAAUAUGAUCAGCGGUGUAUAUGGUGUGACCAUGCAGUGGAGCCCUGAGCAAUCGCAGUGGGCGGAGCAACACUAUGACAUCACUUCCACCACACGCUCACCAGGGCAUAAGUUCGAAGCACUUAGGGAUCCAAGGCUAACAGGUUCGACCUCAGCUGCAGCAUAUCAACAUUCGUGGGCAAACGAUGACAUUUCAGCUCUGACUGCUUCUAACCUGCUCAAGAGGUAUGCAGAGAGAUAUUCUGCCAUUCUGGAUCUACCCUGUGAGAGUGGACUUAUGGGAUAUCCAGACACAGCCAUCUCCGUUAGCGUUAGGGGACCUGGUGUUGUGAAUAAUGGGCCGCCCCUUCUUAAUGGACGAAAGGUGGAGGCAGAGCCUUGGAUGGAGAGUGUCUACCCUCCGUUAGGUUGCAUACCCGAACUUCUUCCCAAAACACCACUCAGUGUGACGGAUGUGUCUGUCACUGCGUGUAACUCACGGUUUAUAGGCAGCAGGAGUCUUCCGGAACCUUGUUUCUCCAGCAGCAGUUGUAACAGUCAGACCGGGAAUCAGGAAUACAGCAGCACUUCCUACAGCACUCGCUUCAUGAGUCUUGCUGUUCUUCCUGCCGGCUACAGUCCUCCCUCGGCAUAUCUACCUGCAGGUAUAACUCCUCCCAACCCUCUUCCAGCUGUGGGAUACUCAUACCCAGCCACCAGCCUGGGAGACUCUAGGUCUGAAGGCAGCCCCCUGUACAGACCAUCAGGAGAAGAAACGGUGGACAAGCAAAAUGGAUUCAACCAAUCGGCAGAUGUAACAUCAUCAUCUUUCAAGCCAGCUAAUCACGGAGACUCUUUAAGAAGCCUGGAGACUCUCACAGUAGCCAUGAGCGGAACGGAACAAUGGAGAAUUGACAAAUCCUGA